CCAAUGUGGCGCUGUGGAAAUUGUGAUGCGCUCUCGGUCUCGGAACUGAAGGUGGUCAGAGGCGCUGAGCGGACCCGGGAAGUGCAGCAGAGUCCUCCAGCACGGGGAUUCAUGAGUGUCACUUACCGCAUCAGAGUCGGUGGGGUUCAGGACUCCGCUGGAGGUAACGGAAUGGACGGGGUUAAUGAAGAGAGCUACCAGGCACGUGGGCAGAGAGCACAGACGUUACUGCUGUACAAAGAGCUGAUGCUGUCUAGUGGAUUGAACAUACAGUAAGGACAAAAACAAUGAUGAAACAACCAUGGAAGCUAAAAGACGGACACUAUCGGUAAUUUGGAAGAAUUUCAAAAGUUAUUAAAAAAUAUACAGUGUGUAUAUUGCAAACUGGAGGUUGCGCACUGCUAUGACACGUAAGCUUUGGCACUUCUGCAGAGAAUGUCUGCACUCCUCAAACUGUAGGCCACCAACAUGGUGACUAGCAAGAGAGCGAAAUAAAACAGCAGAGUUUAUCGAAAGUACAAAAUAGAACAGCCAGUCAGCAUUAAGAACAUAAACUGGGUUCUGAAUCAUUAUCCUGCUGGUUCAGAAGUGGAAUUGUCUCCUCAUGCUGGUGGAUGUGUUGUACCUUGAUCAACAACAAGAAAGUCUAAGAAAUACGUUACUGUGAGAUUUUUCGUUCCGUGAUGAUUGUAUAAUUUUUUAUAUGGUGUGAUUGAAAUGUAAUCUGUUAAUCAGUCUGACUUUGUGUGGCUUGAAAUGGAGAAUGAAAGUGCUCAUGAUGAGACCCGGGAGAGAAAUCCUGAGCUCAAUUCUUUUUAUUUUGACAACACAGAGGCACUGUCUCGUACACAAACAGCCUGGUGUGCGUGCGCACACAGUAAGGUGACCAGAUUUCUGAGAAGAAAACCAGGGACAUUCAGUUUGGCGGUGAAAAUAUCAUUAAAACAUCUAAUGUUCUCAUCUUCGUAAUAAAAAGGGGUACGUUUCUGGUUUUCAUGUAUUUUGAUCAUGCAUUGCAUAAAAAGUGGGAUUUUCCUCACCGAGUACACUGUACAACUAUUCUGCAACUGCUUUAGGUUAACAUUAGACCAUGAAAAUCUCUGGUAUGGAUACAUAGUUUAGAUUUAUGGACUCUUAAAUUGUAGACUAGCUGAAAUAGAUGUUUUUGGACCCAUGAAAAUAGAUUAAUUUAAUUACCAUAUGCCAGUAGUAAUUGACAAUGUAUUUAAAAAUAUACAAAAACUUAAACCAUUUACUUCAAUUCAAGCAACAAGAUAUAGUAAUUUAUUAUUGAUACAAAUGAUUCCUGAUAUCCCAUAGUCUAAAUUGUAGCCAUAGCUGAAUUGACGACCAAGCCUAAAUGAGUAGCCUUAAAUCAAGAUGUGUAGUCCUGUACACAUCACAAAUUAUUUAAAAAAAAAAAAAAAAGGUACUGAUACUUUGGUAACAGUACCAUAAGUCUACAGCUUUACUUAGCCGGCUACUCUGUAGGAUAACACACCAAUUUGUGUGCAAGUUACCUUGUGCCGUUGAACAGUUACAAUUUUCCCUCAGCUGGAUUUCUGUUACAGUAAACACUACAUCUAGCAAUAACUUCAGCUGACUGACUGGUGCUGCACUGAGCUUUCUCCUGCUAGCAUUGGCCGCAGUAGGCUAUGGUUUGUUAGGUCAUCCGCUACAUCUCAAUACAGUGUGACAAGCAAUGCUAGACAGCAUCACAAAACGUAGCUUGCACAUUUAAAGGCUAAAUAUCAGACAACAUCACUUCAGCCUGCAAGAAAAAACUAUGGUUCACCUGUGCAGGAGCAGAUGAAGCAAUCUGUCAAAGCUGAAUGAGUGACUUUUGCCGCUUUUCCACUACAAACGCGGCUGAGCCGUGCUGAGCGGGGCUGUUGGAGUUGCAUUUCGACUACAACCGCGCUGAACCGUGCUGGCUGGAAGUGGGUGGACACAUUGGGUGGAGUUAGCGAAAGUGGGUGGACGUCACGUGAUGUCGUUAAGCAGCGCAAACAGUGACAUCAGUGAUCUUUUAAGCGGUAGUCUCACGACCCGAAUAGUAAACAAUAAACAUGGAGGACAUGGAGUUUAGGCAAAGAUUCUAGUGCACUACAAAAGUUGUUCCUCAGCUCCACUGAUCAAAAUACUGGAAAGGCUAUCACCAGAGGUGUUCCGGGGCAGAUUCAGGAAAAUGGGGGGGGUCAAUCUAGUAAGGCCAGGGGUCUGUGCUGUUUAAAUGCCCGGAGAUGCAUUUUGAGCUGUCAGAGACAUGUUGUAAAUGAAAUCUCUUAAAGAAAACCAUAUAAAAAAAAAUACAUUUUAAAAUUAGCAACUUUAAAAACCAUUUUAGUCACUGAAAAUGAUAUUCAGAGUUACAGGUACGUGUAGAACAUAAUUAGAUUAGAUAAAACUUUAUUGAUCUCUUUGGGAGGGUUCCCUCAGGGAAAUUAAGAUUCCAGCAGCAUCAUUACAGAUAAACAGAGAAAAGAAAGAGAAAUACUUCUAGAUAAAUUAAGUAUUUACAAAUAUAAAAGAAUAAGAUAUGAGGAAGGGGGGAGAAGUGGGGUUAGGGUGUGGGUGUGUGGAAGCAGGAAAGAUAUUGCACAUUGUCCGGUAUUGCUUAUUGUUAGGCUAGGCUACUGCUUCUUCCCAUCCUCUGUCCUCCUGUUACCCCUCCUCCCCCACAGAGAGGAGUUGUACAGUCUGAUGGCGUGAGGGACAAUGGAGUUUGAGUCUGUUCGUCCUGCACUUGGGAAGAAGCAUUCUGUCACUGAACAGGCUCCUCUGGUUGCUGAUGACGGUGUGCAGAGGGUGACUGGCAUCGUCCAUGAUGUUCAAUAGUUUGUCCAUAGACCUCUUCUCUGCCACCGUCACCAGAGAGUCCAGCUUCAUGCUGACCACAGAGCCGGCCCGCCUGAUCAGUUUGUCCAGCCUGGAUGUGCUGCCCCCCCCAGCACACCACAGUGUAAAACAGGACACUGGCGACCACAGACUGAUAGAACAUCCACAGGAGUUUCCUGCAGAUGUUAAAGGACCACAGCCUCCUAAGGAAGUAUAGCCUGCUCAGUCCCUUCCUGUAUAAGUGAUUGGUGUUACAAGUCCAGUCCAGCUUGCUGUCCAGCCAUAGCCCGAGGUAUUUGUAGGAAUCCACAGCCUCGACCAGAUUAUAACUGAUAUGGUAAUAUUUAUGAAAGUUGCAUUGUCAUAACACAUUACCACAUGACACUACAGUGUAGUACACUGACCACAAAACACCAUGUUGUAAUGCAGGCACUUACAGAUUGCAGAAUGUCAACAAAGCCAAGCCAAGGGACUGGAAUCAGUGUUGGUAAACUAGCAAGGGUUAGGCAAGCAGCAAAUAACAUAAGAAAGACAAAGAGCAAAAAUGUGGAGGAAACAGCAGAGGGUCAGAGACAAGACAAGGCUUGUUAUGAACUGAACUAGCAGGACAGUACUUCACAAUGGGGUGUUUUGUUAAGGGAGCUUAAAUAGAGGAACAGGUGAUUUAGGGAAAUGAGAGCCACCUGAGAUUCAGUAGGCUGGAGACAGAGGGUGCUGUGUUUUGGGAGCUGUAGUCCUGAGUGUCCAUGUUUUGUAGUUCAUUCUUUCUCAGCAGGUUUACUGACACACCUUAUAUCAGUAAAUUAUUACUAUUUUAGCAUCUGCAGUCCGAGCUCCUGCUCAGGGCAUUCAACGUACAUAUAAGACAGUGAAUAUACCCAGGUAAACUGGGUGUUAUGUAAGUAAGUGGCCACUUAAGACAGAUCUUAAUACCGAGAUGAUAACUAUAAACAAAGACUGCAAAAAUUGCAUGUCUAUAAUGCAAAGGGAUACAGGACACUUCGUCCAGCGACCAUUUCAUCCAAUGCCAUUUUGUCCAAUAGUUAAGACAUUUCUUCAAAAGCCUUUUUCAUAUGCACUAUCAAUUAUUUUAUAUUUCAGGUAUUUGUUUGUUCGAAAAAAGGAGGAAUUCUCAAUGGAAUUUGACUGAAGCAAAACACAUUUUUGUAGUGUGUAGUUUAACCACUCGCCAAACGUGAUGGCGAGUAAAGAUUGCCUCAGACUCGCCUUUCUCAGCGAGUGUGUUCAAAAGAAAGAAAACACAACUUUAUUCAUAACACACUUGUGAAAUUCCUCUCUGCAUUUAACCCAUCUGAAGCAGUGACGCACACACAUACCCAGAGCAGUGGGCAGCCAUGCUAACAGCGCCUGGGGAGCAGUUGGGAGUUAGGUGCCUUGUUCAAGGGCACCUCAGCCCAAAGCCGUCCCAUAUUAAUCUAACCGCAUGUCUUUGGACUGUGGGGGAAACCAGAGGACCUGGAGGAAAUCCAUGCAGACAUGGGGAGAAUAUGCAAACUCCACACAAAAAGGCCCCCGCCGGCCACUGGGCUCGAACCCAGAACCUUCUUGCUGUGAGGCGACCGUGCUAACCACUUACAUCACCGUGCCACCCCAACAAUGGGUUCCAACCUAGUAUUCAUGUAAAAUCCAAGAAAAAUUCGACAAACUCUUUCCUCAUGCAGGACUGUCGGGCGUGCUCUAGACUGCGCGUGAUGCUAACAGCGCCUGGGGAGCAGUUGGGAGUUAGGUGCCUUGUUUAAGGGCACCUCAGCCCAAAGCCGUCCCAUAUUAAUCUAACCGCAUGUCUUUGGACUGUGGGGGAAACCAGAGGACCUGGAGGAAACCCACGCAGACACGGGGAGAACAUGCAGACUCCACACAAAAAGGCCCCUGCCGGCCACUGGGCUCGAACCCAGAACCUUCUUGCUGUGAGGCGACCGUGCUAACCACUUACACCACCGUGCCACCCCUAACAAUGGGUUCCAACCUAGUAUUCAUGUAAAAUCCAAGAAAAAUUUGACAAAACUCUUUCCUUGUGCAGGACUGUCGGGAGCGCUCUAGACUGCGCGUGCCUUAUUAAGACUGGAUAUACUAGUGCAUCUCAAAAAAUUAGA